AUGCAGCGGGUCAACAAGUUCCUGUAUGGACCCUCACCCGAGGAAAGGGUGCGCGGCUGGCAGCAAGAAUUGAGAAAGGAGCAGCGCUUGCUAGACCGGGAGAUUCGGCAACUACAGCACGCACAGUCACAGACGCAGGGUCAGCUCAAGCAGCUCGCAAAGAAGGGAGAGGUCAAGAAUGCGCGCUUACUCGCGAGGGAGUUCGUGAGGAGUCGGAAGCAGACCGAUCGACUCAAUACGUCCAAAGCCAGGCUCAAUUCGAUCCAUAUGCAACUACAACAUCAGCUGGCGACACUCAAGAUCACUGGUAACCUGCAGAGAUCAACAGAGAUCAUGAAGCUAUCGAACUCGCUCAUACGACUGCCCGAGCUUUCCGCGACAAUGCGUAACAUGAGCAUGGAGAUGACGAAAGCUGGCAUCAUGUCUGAGAUGGUCGAUGAUACGAUGGAUAUGAUUGAUGACGAGGACGACGAGCUGGAAGGCGAAGCGGACGCAGAGGUGGACAAGGUCCUCUUUGAGAUCACCAACGGCAAGCUCGGCGAGGCGGGACGCGCGACAGCGCCAUUGCCCGAGGUCGGCGUCUCAGAAGAGGAGCAAGCGGAAGGCCAGCGUAUGCAGGCUCAGCUCGACGCAUUGCUCUCCAGUUGA